AUGACCACAUCACCAACAAUGACCACAUCACCAACAAUGACCACAUCACCAACUAUGACCACAUCACCAACUAUGACCACAUCACCAACAAUGACCACAUCACCAAUUAUGACCACAUCACCAACAAUGACCACAUCACCAAUUAUGACCACAUCACCAACAAUGACCACAUCACCAACUAUGACCACAUCACCAACAAUGAACACAUCACCAACUAGGACCACAUCACCAACUAUGACCACAUCACCAACAAUGAGCACAUCACCAACUAGGACCACAUCACCAACUAUGACCACAUCACCAACUAUGACCACAUCACCAACAUUGACCACAUCACCAACUAUGACCACAUCACCAACAUUGACCACAUCACCAACAAUGACCACAUCACCAACUAUGACCACAUCACCAACUAUGACCACAUCACCAACUAUGACCGCAUCACCAACACUGACCACACCACCAACAUUAACCACAUCACCAACUAUGACCACAUCAACAACUAUGACCACAUCACCAAUAAUGACCACAUCACUAACACUGACCACAUCACCAACAUUGACCACAUCACCGACAAUGACCACAUCACCAACUAUGACCACAUCACCAACUAUGACCACAUCACCAACAUUGACCACAUCACCAACUAUGACCACAUCACCAACACUGACCACAUCACCAACAUUGACCACAUCACCAACAUUGACCACAUCACCUACCGAGUGCCAGCUGGUCAAAAAUAUUAAUAACUAG